GCUGGCCUGAUUAGGAUGCAUUUCCAUGAUUGCUUUGUUAGGGGUUGUGAUGCUUCUGUGUUGCUGAAAUCUACACUAGGGAACCCAUCAGAGAGAGAACACGUAGCUAAUAAUCCUAGCUUACGAGGUUUUGAGGUUAUUGAUGAAGCAAAGGCUGAAAUUGAAGCCUUAUGUCCACAAACUGUGUCGUGCGCAGAUAUUCUUGCUUUCGCUGCACGUGAUAGUUCCUAUAAGCUUGGAGGGAUAAACUAUGUAGUCCCAGCAGGACGGCGGGACGGACGUGUUUCUAGAGAGGAUGAAGUGGGACAAAACCUCCCUCCUUUUUUCUUCAACGCACAGCAACUCGCAGACAAUUUUGCCCGUAAAGGAAUGUCAGUGGAUGAGAUGGUGACACUAUCUGGAGCACAUUCCAUUGGUGUAUCACACUGCUCUUCCUUCUCCAGUCGUCUCUACAACUUCAAUGCCACUCAUGCUCAAGAUCCCUCCAUGGAUCCUAAGUAUGCAGCUUUCUUGAAGACAACGUGCCCUCCACCAAGUGCUAAUGGAGUGGGAGGAGGUUCAACAGUUGCACUUGAUCCUACCCCUAAUCGCAUGGACAAUAAAUACUACAUGGAAUUGAAGAAGAAUCGAGGAUUAUUGACUUCGGAUCAGACAUUGAUGAACAGUGCUUCUACACAGAGGAUGGUGGUGAAUAAUGCAAGGAAAGCUGGAACAUGGGCUGCCAAGUUUGCCAAGGCGAUGGUGCAUAUGGGUUCACUCGACGUUCUCACAGGAACUCAAGGUGAAAUCAGAAGGCAAUGCAGUGCUGUCAACUAA